CGCGAUGGGCCCCACGUCCUUCCUACAAAGGCAGGGCAUUUCCCGGCUGACGUUUUUACAACCUGCACCUAGGGCUGUCAUCUUUCGUUGGCGGCACUCCGAGUCGGAGUGCCGCCCACACUGAUCCGCUGUCCGUACAUGUAACGAUACCCCAUGCGAUUUGCGCUCUUCACGCUAUCGGCGCUCAGCCGUCUUCACCGCGGCUGACAAGCGGCUCGUUCUGGCGCUAUGGCUCGCUGGAUACAACGUAUUAACUCACGCGCAAGGCUCGCAGACUGCAGAGUUGCGGUGCAACCGAACGGCGGGUUGGGCUUGUGCUCUACUAGUAUUGCACUGGAAGUUGCCGUCUUCAACUACGUGGACCGAACUUCCUGACCAGGCUCGCGUCUUCGCCCUUCCCGGCUCUCGCGUUGUUGCGCCGAUCAAUCGUGUUUUCACGCAACAACUCGUUCGAUUAACGGGGUCUUCUGCAACUUCCAGACUGCAAGUCAUGGCGCCAGUGCGUGCAAUGUGUAGGUUCUCCUGGUCCUUGUUAUCAAGAUUCUUGACAGCAGAGUUCUCUACCAACGUACAAUCGAAGCUACGUCCAGAAACUCGGGAACGACUAUCGAGGCGUUGUUAGCGCUUGUGACACAAUAGAGUACCGCAAACCAGAGCCAAAAAGGUACACUGGACAAGGUGACGAGCGCCCAGGUUUGGUCAGAUUCUUGCCCAAGCUCUUCAAGAUACUUCAUGGUAUAAUACAGUUGGCAAAGCACACUUUGAAGAGGAGCUUACUGGUCAACAUGAUACCAGCCUCGUUCUCUUGCGCCAGAAACUUCAGACUUGCGACUGAAGUUUGGGACACUGCUUAGCUUUGAAAUGCUUUAACGAAGCCACCUGUCCGAACGUCGUGGUCGGUCUGCUGUUGACAAGCAAUGCAUCACUCAGUGCAUCACAGUGAUUUUUACAGCGAUAAACUCGCUUAUGUUCGCGGUGCAACAGAGCAGGUGAUUUACAUAACUCGCAACCAUUUCGAAUCUUACAGACCUGAAUCGAGCCAGUACGCGGAAAGCCCAAAAUUUCGCAUGUGAGGUGCCCAAUCCAAGCAGAUGCUUUCCCGUCACCCAAAAUAAACCGGAAAAGAUAUCAUUUUGGGCAAAGAGACCGCGACCGCUCGACGCUACUGUGACAAGCAUUGGGCCUCUACCGCGACAGGCACUGACUCACUGGGCAAAGCCUUCCAAAGUAGCUCACGAGCAAAUGUUCACCUUCCAGCGACAUCUACCAGCACUUCGUUAUGUCUGCGAACUUCGCCCGUGUGAAGGAGAACUGCGCUUGGGUACAUGCAAACCCUUGCCCGACCGGCGACCAGCUUCGCUGCGGUUUGAUUUGCUGAACUGUGACGACGUUGAAGCCAUGGUACAGCGAGGGCCGGAACAAGGCCUCGCCGCAUUGUUUCUGCCCGCGAUCCAGCUGGCAUGCUCCACGAACGCCGCCGAAGAUGAACUUUACACUGCAAAUCCAGCCCUCGCGCGCGGUGCUCCGUUUGACAGGCGAUGUAAAAUGCGGCAGUGAUCAACUAGCGAUCUGUCGCUGGCAAGUUUGUUGUGCCCACAACACACUUCGGUGCUCGAGGCUAUCUUUUUUGAUUCGCGACCUUUCAAAAUCGUUUCGAAAACCGUUUCAAAUGCCGCUCAAUCUCUUGUCCUCUCAUUUGCAGAUAAAACCGGGACAAGCAAAAAUGUCCCGGCGCUGCCCCCGUUUGAUAACUGAAGUAAUACCUCGCAAACAAGAACCGUAUUAAUAGUACAUGGAUACCGGUAGAAUAGCAUCUUGAAACUCUGAAACAGUUUUACAAAAACAAAUACAAAGACGACAUCCGA